UCGGCCCAGCAGCCCGCGGCGCCGCGCUCCGCACGCUCAGGGCACGUGUUCUCAGGUGCCAUGACGCAGCGGCCCCAGGAGGACUUUGACAGAAGUGUGGAGGAUGCCCAGGCCUGGAUGAAGGUGGUGCAGGAACAGCUCCAGCUCAAUGACAACACACAGGGGCCCCGAGCUGCUCUGGAAGCACGAUUGCGUGAGACGGAGAAAAUCUGCCAGCUGGAACCCGAGGGAUGCAUGAAGGUGGAACUGGCCCUGCGGGCAGCUGAGGCCCUCCUGGCUACCUGCCAGGAGGGCCAGAAGCCCGAGAUCCUGGCCCAGCUGAAGGAUAUCAAGUCCCAGUGGGAGGAGACGGUCACCUACAUGACUCACUGCCACAGUCGCAUCGAGUGGGUGUGGCUGCACUGGAGUGAGUAUCUGCUGGCCCAGGAUGAGUUCUACCGCUGGUUCCAGAAGAUGGUGGUCGCUCUGGAGCCCCCUGUGGAGCUGCAGCUGGGCCUGAAGGAGAAGCAGUGGCAGCUGAGCCACGCCCAGGUGUUGCUGCACAAUGUGGACAAUCAGGCCGUGCUGCUGGACAGGCUGCUGGAGGAGGCCGGCUCCUUGUUCAACAGGAUCGGGGAUCCCAGCGUGGAUGAAGAUGCCCAGAAGAAGAUGAAGGCUGAGUACGACGCUGUGAAGGCCAGAGCCCAGCACAGGGUGGACCUCCUGACCCAGGUGGCCCAGGAGCAUGAGCAGUACCGGGAGGAUGUGAACGAGUUCCAGCUCUGGCUGAAGGCGGUGGUGGAGAAAGUGCACAGCUGCCUGGGGCGAAACUGCCAGUUGACUACGGAGCUUCGUCUCUCUGCGCUGCAGGAUAUCGCCAAGGAUUUCCCUAAGGGUGAGGAGUCUCUGGACAGGUUGGAGGAGCAGGCUGAGGGUGUCAUUCGGAACACCUCUCCUUUGGGUGCAGAGAAGAUCUCGGGGGAGCUGGAGGAGAUGCGAGGGGUCCUGGAGAAGCUGAGAGUCCUCUGGAAGGAGGAGGAAGGGAGGCUGCAGGGCCUGCUCCAGUCCAAGGGGGCCUGUGGGCAGCAGAUCCUGCAGCUGGAGGCGGAGCUGGGAGAGUUCAAGAAAAGUCUGCAGAGGUUGGCCCAUGAGGGCUUGGAGCCCACGGUGAAGACAGCCACAGAGGAUGAGCUGGUGGCCCACUGGAGGCUGUUCUCGGGGACCCGAGCUUCACUGGCUUCAGAGGAGCCCCGUGUAGACCGACUACAAACUCAACUGAAGGAGCUUGUCGCUUUCCCCGACCUACAGUCGCUCUCUGACAGUGUGGUGGCUGCCAUUCAGGAAUAUCAAAGUAUGAAGGGAAAGAACACCAGGCUCCACCACGCGACCAGGGCAGAGCUGUGGCAGCGGUUCCAGCGGCCCCUCAGUGACCUGCAGCUGUGGAAGGCCCUGGCCCAGAGGCUCCUGGACAUCACCACCAGCCUGCCGGACCUGCCCUCCAUCCACACCUUUCUACCCCAGAUUGAGGCGGCCCUAGCAGAAAGCUCCCGCCUGAAAGAACAGCUGGCGAUGCUGCAGCUGAAGACGGACUUGCUCGGUAGCAUCUUUGGCCAGGAGAGAGCAGCCGCUCUCCUGGAGCAGGUGGCGAGUUCUGUGAGGGACCGAGACUUACUGCAUAACAGCCUUCUGCAGAGGAAGAGCAAACUGCAGAGCCUGCUCGUCCAGCACAAGGACUUCGGGGUGGCUUUUGACCCCCUACACAGGAAGCUUCUAGACCUCCAAGCCAGGAUCCAAGCAGAGAAAGGGCUUCAGCGGGACCUUCCUGGAAAGCAGGUCCAGCUGCUAAGGUUGCAGGGGCUGCAGGAAGAAGGCCUUGAUCUGGGGACACAGAUAGAGGCUGUGAGGCCUCUUGCCCAGGGGAACUCUAACCACCAGCACAAAGUGGACCAGAUUUCCUCUGACCAGCAAGCCCUGAAGAGGUCCUUGGAGGACCUCGUGGACGGCUGUCAGCAGAGCGUCCGGGAGCACUGCACCUUCAGCCACCGGCUGUCGGAGCUGCAGCAGUGGGUCACCAUGGUCACGCAGACACUGGAGUCACACCAGGGGGAUGUGCGUCCAUGGGAUGCUGAGUCCCAAGAGGCUGGACUUGAGAAACUGCUGGCUGAAAUUCCAGAGAAAGAGGUCCAGCUGUCCCUGCUCCAAGCCCUGGGCCAGCUUGUGAUGAAGAAGUCCUCCCCAGAGGGGGCGGCCAUGGUCCAGGAGGAUCUGAGGAAGCUGAUGGAGUCCUGGCAGGCCCUGAGGCUAUUGGAGGAGAAUCUGCUGAGUCUCAUCAGAAACGAGCAGCUGCAGAGAACAGAGGUGGACACGGGAAAGAAACCGAUCUUCACCAACAAUAUUCCAAAGGCUGGCUUUCUCAUCAACCCCCAGGACCCCAUUCCCAGGCAGCGGCAGCGGCAUCGGGCAAACCUACCGGAAGAACAUGACGUUCAUGAAGAUUAUUCCCAGCUCCUGAGGGACUUUGAACAGUGGCUGCAGGUUGAAAACUCCAAGCUAGCUGGAAUUGUCACAAUGAGAACAGCCACAGCCAAGGAUUUGAGGACCAGAGAGAUGAAGCUGCAGGAGCUAGAGGCGCGGAUCCCAGAAGGCCAGCAUCUGUUUGAGAACCUGCUCCAUCGCAGGCCAGCAAGGGACCCCUCCAAUGAGCUGGAAGAUCUGCGCUAUCGAUGGAUGCUGUACAAAUCCAAGCUCAAGGACUCUGGCCACCUGCUGGUAGAGACCACAUUUGGAGAACCGGAGGGAUUUGAGGGUACAAGGCGGUGGCGGAAUCCCUGCUCUCUCCUACAGAAAGCCUGCCGGGUGGCGCUGCCACUACAGCUCCUGCUCCUGCUCCUUCUGCUGCUGCUCUUCCUGCUGCCGGCCGGGGAGGAAGAGCGCAGCUGCGCCCUGGCCAACAACUUCGCCCGCUCCUUCGCUCUUAUGCUUCGGUACAACGGCCCCCCGCCCACUUAGUCCUCUGGGGCCUACAGGUGACGUUCUGCAGUCCCUCUGAGGCUGGCUUUGGGGGGAAGCUGGACAGACCAGACACCCAGAACAGUCUCGGUCUAAAUGCUGCAUCCGUUCCCAGAACAAACUUGCUUUUUUCUAUGGUGUCAUUUCUAUUUAUACUGAAUGUGUACUAUGUGUGGUUAGGGAAUAAUGUACAGAAUUUUUAUAUGUGUAUAUGUAUAUGCUCAGUGUAGAUAACUUCAGACUCGAUGUUUCUUUGUGCCUACGGGAGUCCCCAGCAGUAUGUUUCCCUAAUGGGAUUUGUGACACUCAUGCCUUAGCCUCCUGUCAUCCCUGGCAGACAGGAGAAAUCACACAUUACUUUUAUGAUGACCUGUCACCCAGGAAUCCAGGCGUCAGUGCAGAAGUCGCCGAGCUGUGAGCGUAGCUGAGCAGAACCGGAGUCCUAGGGCUCUUGUGCAUGUGACUAGGUUAAAGCCACAGGCACAGUCAGAGCAGUGAGGCCGGACAAGGGACAGAGGGACACGGGGACAGGGGGACACCGAGAGAGGAACAGAAGACCUGUAAAGGAAGGACAGUGUGCCACAGAGUGAUGGUGCUUAGCACUCCACCCCCACGCAGCAGCCACUGAUAGCACAGACCGCGAGGAAUGCCCGUGACCAUGGCUGUGACCCUGUGUCUUUAGGAAGUGGCUGGGGUUUUGUUUGUGUGUUUUCUCCAGGAGAAAGAAAAAGGAAGACGAACUUGGCAUUUUAUUCUGAUGUACAAGGGUGAAGUACGUUGCCAGUGGCCUGUGCCAGUCCCAGAAGGCCUGUGCCAUUUUGUUGUUGGGUAUGAACUGAGGUCAGAGCAGAAACACGGGCCCACACGAGGCAGAGAAGGCUCAGGCUAUCUGAAGGGGUCUCUCUUCCCUUCCGAGAAGGAACUGUGUGGACUGGUGGGUCUACAGGGCUGGGCAAGUCCUACCUUCUUCCCCCGUGGGCCUAGGGCUUACCACCUAGACCCAGGCAGGAGCAUGCAAAGUGGACUCCAGGCACACGUGGGAGGCACCUGGUGUGACUCCAGGCUAUGCCCGAGGCUGGAAACAUAACCAGGGAAUGCUGGAAUGAUUCCUAAGAGGGUUAAAACUGGAUCAGGUUUGACCUAAACUGACACUUUUUUUCUUAGACUUUUUAGAAAAUUCUUAAUGCCCCCCUUUUAACAGAUGGAAUUUGUCUGUAAGGUGUGGAUAUCCUCAGGCUUAGCCAUCAGAGGCACAACCAGUGUUAAAGACUCGGAGAGGCACUUUAAACACGACAAAUAGUGAGGCCCUAAGAGGGACCCGACUCAAAGGUCACCACCCUUACACACACACACACACACACACACACACACACACACACACACACACACACGUCCUUCCCAAGCUGGCAUCAGGCUACACCAUGUACAGCUUCCAUCUUAGCACAGAACCUAGGAAAGGCUGGGUGUUGACUAGCAGGAAUACAACACCUUAGGGCUUGUUGCUUGGUCUGUAACUUCAGCCAAAAGGCCUCCCCUGAACCUAGCCACUUUGCUGGGAAAUCAACGAUUGGUGGACCCUGACCUCAGACCCAGGUAGCCGAAUCCUGAUGCUCACUAAGGCCAUUGGUCCACUUAGUCAGAACUGUGGCAAAGGACAUUAACGCUUCCUUUUCUACUUCCCCAUUUCACAGGUGAGAAACCUGAGGCCCAGAGAAGGGAAGUCACUUACCCAUAGCCACACAGCAAGAACCUAUAAAGCCAUAAGUGGGUUGGUAACCACAGUCUUCAAGUGAUAGCACAACCUCCCCAUAUUUUCCUUCCCAAGAAAAAGAGGGCUAGGGCGUGGCUCAGAGGUGGAACACUUGGCCAACAGGUGUAGGUCCUGGGUUCCAUCCCUAGAACUUACGAGAAAUAAAGAGAAAACAGAAAAGAGAGCUGUUUACUAUGAAUGUAGCCCUGUCUUGUGGCAAAUGCUGGGGAGGGUGAAGCUGCGAUAUGUGGGUGGUGGGGUGGUUGAGAACAUUGUAUUUUUAACUAUUGACAGUGAUACUGUGGGUUGCUCGUUUGCAUAACUUUUUUAACAGAGGGGAUUGAUAUUUUUAUUACUUUCAUAUGAAUAUAGCUGGAAUAUGACAUACUAGCCAUUUCUGGGUGCUUUUCAGACACAACUUCUUUUGCUUAAAAUGGAUAUAGACACCUGCUAUUGUGACGUGGUCUCCUAGCCAGUAACCAUAGCAAGUUGGAAGGUGUCCCUGGAGAGAAGUGUUGGAGCUUAAAAAGCUGACAAGGUCUUUGUUAGGAGUGUUGUGUGUGUAUGUAUGUGUGUGUGUAUGUAUGUGUGUGUAUGUA